AUGGCCGAGUACGGGGAGGGCGAGAACGCCGCGGGGAUGGAGAAGCCCGUGAGCUUCGAAGAGGAAGUAGAGACGUUCCUGAUCAACCUGCACGACUUCGUGUACCACAGAAAUGCAGAGGCGAUAAAAAAUCUGUUCGACACGGACUUCUACGCCAUUUCGGAGAUCUACUUCAAGAAUAUCCGAUGGCCAUCUAUCAAAUUAGUAGAUAUUUUCUACAAGCAAAAGAAUCGCUUUCACAAUUUGAUUCACUCUCUGUACGAAGAGCUCUAUUACAGACAUGUGUUCAUAAUAAACGAUGUCACAUUGGAAGAUAGAAAAAAUGCAUGGGAUAAUUACAAAUGCUUAUUGAAUUUUAUUUCGAGUAUAUGUUCAGAUCCAUGUGGAGAUACAAAUGACAACGUGUUAGUGAUGCCAAACGUAUGGAUUCAUGAUUUCUUAUCAGAAUAUAUAUAUCAGUACCAAUCUAUGUGUCACUACAAGCUAAAAAUACUGAAAGAACCUGAAGAAAACAAACAAGGGAUAGACUUUCUGAUAAAAAACUCGGAUGUUUUUGAGAGUAGUAUUGUAUUGGAAGUGUUACAUAGUCUUUUAUUGAAAGCAGAAUUUACAACCCUUUCUGAGGAAGAAAGGAGUAUCUUUGUGCACAACGUUUUUCAUGUAUAUGUACUUAUGGGAGACUAUUACACAGCGUUGAAAAUUAUAUCAUAUAUUGAGUUAAGUCAUAAGGCACUAUACUGGAAAGUAACUCUAUGUCACAUUAAUAUCUUCUACCAUAUCGCAUUCUGCUAUAUGAUGUUAAGGAGGUAUAAUGACAGCAUAAAGGUAUUAUCUCAAAUUUUAAUUUACCUCUCUAAGCAGAAAAUUCAUCUGUCCAAUCAGCAGAGAUAUCAGCAGAGUCAAAUUCAAAGAUUAACAGAUAAAAUGUAUCUUAUUGUCAUCAUUUGUCACUCUUUAAGUAACACUAGACUAGAUGAAACGGUGUUACAGAACAUAAAGGAAAAUUAUUCAGGUAAAUUUUAUGCUCUCCUACAGACAUCAAAUGAGCAGGCUUAUGCAGACUUGUUUUACAAAGUGGCACCAAAAUUUAUUGACCCUCUUUCUAAUAUUAGUUUCCAACUGCUAGCUAAUUUUGAAAAUGUACAGAAUCAGACAUACAAUUCGGAUCCUAUGACUACUCAGCUGAAUAUUUUUUUAAAAGAUGUGUCUUAUCAGAAGAAGGCUUUUCAUUUUAUCUCCUACUCGAAGUUGUAUCAUAAUAUUCAGCUGAAAAAGUUGAGCAGCCUUAUGAAUUAUGGAGAGCAGAUGCGGAUUGCGGCGGAGGAGAGGGACAGACAGACGAAUGGGGAGGUGAACGGGGAGGUGAACGGGGAGGUGAACGGGGAUGCGGACGGAGUGGCAAACGGACUGGCGAACGGAGUGGCGGACGGACUGGCGAACCACUCGGGGGAUGCAAAAAAGGGAGAGCUCCCACCCAACGAGGAACUUGUAUCGGCAGACAUCAUGUGUGUUAAGAACUCCGGAAGGCAGCUGGUUUGGAAAGAGGGGCCACUCUACAAAGGAGAAGUGGUCACGACUGUGUUCGGCUCCAACUUCGACUUUUACAUCGAUAUGGAUAUUCUUAACAUUAAGACGAGGGCUCAACAGAAGAUUUUCAUUGACUACUUUGUGCACCAAAUUAAUAUGUGUAAAAACCUCAGCAAUAACUUGCAGGGCACUGCUGCGCCGCAUGCCUACAAGGCCAAGUACGACAACUUCAGGCGCAAGAACAAGGGCAAGGGCCGGCCCAAGCUGUGA